CCAAUAAUUAAAUUCCCCCAUGCUUUUGCAUAGCGCAAAUUUUGGUUAAAACUGCUUAAACCGUACGACUGAAUUAAUCAAGUUUUAAUUGGGAUUUUCUCUAUUUAUCCCCUCUUGUUUAGUUUGAUUUUAAUUAGUAAGUUAUUGCUAUUGUUUAUCAAGCUAGGUUUCAGUUUUAGUUGUUUAAUUUGUAGAGCUAAUUCUUUUUUAAAUUAAUAUUAUCAGUAAACGUGUCCAUACCUAAGUAAGAUAUGUAAAGGUUUUUAACGGGGUUUAUAACGUUUGUAUCCGUUGUUUCUUUUAAGUUAGAUUAUCAUAUUAUUUUGUUGUAAUUAUUAUUCCUUUUUUCAUAAUGCUUUGUCACGUUUUCUAUAGUGUUUUGCCAUGACUUUUUCAUUUCCUAUACUCCGUCUCAAUUUAUGUGGUACCUUUUGGAUUUCAAGAUUCAAACAAGUAAUUUUUUUACCGUACUUUUUUCAUAUAUCAUUUAAUUACAUUGAGUUGUCAAUUAUUAUGUCUUAUAGUAAUUUUUUACGUAGUUUCUAAAUAUGUAAAUUUUAUUUUAAGAAACUGAAAGAUUUCAUGCAUGAAUUCACAAUUAGAAUUAAACUGUUUGGCUCUCAAAAUUCGAACUGUGUCACAUAAAUUGAGACAGAGGGAGUAUUUCUUUUUUCGAACGGCAAUGAAAUGCUUUUUCUUGAGCCGAGGGUUUAUUGAAAACAACGUCUCUACCUCAACAAGGUCAGGGUAAAGUUUGCGUACACUCUACCAUCCCCACACCAUACUUGUGGGAUUACACCGGGUGAUUUAAGAGGAGAUAUUGUCAGUAAAUUUGUCUCCACAUCUUAUAUAUAUAAAGGUUUUGUAAUGAGAUUUGUGUUUGAUGCUCAGAUUCUUUUGCCCUUUUCUCUGCCCUUUUAUAAUAAUUUUACCCCGUACAAUAAUUUUUCUUUGUAAUAUUGUAAUCUUAAUUUAUUCUUCAGAUUUAUUGGUGAGUGACAUUGUGAAAUAAUACAUUCUAUCCGAACGUUGUAUUAAUCAAGACAAUACGGUAUAAUACAAUAUGAAACGAUAUGUAACAACCAUCAAAAAAAGGUGUUAGUGGCACUUAGUUGGGAUUUUCUCGACAUAGCCCCUUGUUUGGUCUGAUUGUGAUCAGUAAGAUUAUUGUGAUUGUUCAUCAGCUAAGUUUCUGUUUUAGCUGUUUAAUUUGUAGAGUUGAUUCUCUUUUAAGUUGAUUUAAGAGGAGAUAUUGUCAGUAAACUUGUCUCCACAUCAAAUAUGUAGAGGUCAUUGACGUUGAAAGGAUCAUGGUGCUUUUAUCAGGCCUGGAAAAUGUGAUUUUGGAGCUUUGCAGAAGCAGGGAAAGUUCAGGGGUGACAUCAGGCACAUGUUUAAUGGUGAUGAUAUCUUUGAGGGGGACUGGGUUCUUUGGUGCUGUUGGUAGCAGCAUAUAAUCUUCGGCAAACUGCUCUAGCACUAUUUCCUAGGAGAACUCUGGAGAGCAGAUGGACCAUUUGGUCUCACACGUUAAUUUGAAAAGAUGAGGAUUUUGGUGGUGGAUGAUGGUGUUGUUGCUACGAUACUCAGGACCUGUAACUACCAAGUUACGACUGUCAAAUAUCCAAAGGAUGCUUUGUCUACACUUUCGCUCAAAGGCGAUUCUUUUGAUCUCGUUGUCACCAAUGUGCACGUGCCUGAUAUGAAUGGCUUUGAUUUCCCACAAGUGAUAACCCAAGGAUUUGAACUACCUGUUGUGUUGAUGUCAGCUGAUGACAAAGAUGGUUCCAACUUGAAAGGACUAAAAAAGGUUAAGGUUGAGUGGACAAUGUCACUUCACCACAAAUUCCUGGAAGCCAUCAUAGAGAUUGGGUUAGACAAAGUUACGCCAUUGAAGAUUCUUGAUCACAUGAAAGUCCCUGGAUUGACUAGAGACAAUGUAGCCAGCCAUCUGCAGAGAUAUCGUACUUUCUUGCGACGAGUCACUGAUUCAUUCUGUAAAACCCAAGCUGCUGACAAAAAAUUGGCCAGUAAGGCUGUUCAAGAGAAUUGUGGACUGGAUAAACAGUUCUUUGAAAACACUUGUAACCCUAGGUCAUCGCUUCACACUUCAACAGGUUAUCUGACAGCCAAUCUACCACAUCUGAAGAAUAAGGGGAAAGAAGUUGAUGCUGUGCUCGAUCCAGUUUGCAACUCUUCUGUGUUUCACAACAUUAAUGCUAUGCAGGAAGCACAGCGCAUUGGUAAUCUUAGAACUUCUUUCAUGAAUCAAGGGAAUGUUCAACCUCAUCAGCUAAACAAUGAAGAUGAGAUGAGUGUCAACUUCGAUCGUGGUAUUAAUCAGGACAUGGAGGAGGACCAUUUGCAAUGAUUUGAUCAAAUACCACCCAAGGCAAGUUUCUUUCUCAUCAUCUAUAUAAAGAAUACGAGCGCUGCAACGUGUUGGUUUGUUCAUUGUAGGUUCUCGUUUGCACAUACAUUUUAUAAUUACCAAGUACCAUCAUAUUUGGCAUUUCAUUGAAACUCACCUAUGCUUAGAAUCAAUUUUUGUUAAAAAGAAACUGAUUCAUCAGCAGAACUAAAGUUCGACAGACAAGAAAUAAGUUAAAGUAGUUCUGCAUUUUUGCAUUUAUUUUCUUUGUACUUUAGAGUAUGUCUAAUCCUAGCCUUUGUACCAUCGAACUGAAUGUAUUUGAAUCCUAAAUCUCUUUUUGUAAAUGGACUUAUAGUUUGUUUGGCUAAGCUUCUGGGAAAAUAAAGUGUUUUUUUUUUUAAUUCAAAAAAAGUGCUUAUUUUAGAGAAUUUAGGUGUUUGGCCUACAAGCUUUUAGGAAAAAACAAAGUGUUUUUGAGUAGUAGCAGAAAUUGUUUUUCAGAAGAUGAAAAAAGUAGCUUCUCCCGAGAAACACUUUGAGACUAAAAGCACAAAUAGUUUCUCUAAUAUUGACAAAAGUGUUUUUCAAAUUAAUUAGCCAAACACGAAAUAUUACUCUCUAAAAGAACUUUUUUCAAAAGCACUUUUGGCAAAAUUACACCAACUACGUAGAAAUUUACUCAAUCUGCGGAGGAUAGCGUGUCUCAAUUUCAUAAUGUCCUAUCAUUAAAUUCUUUGGUUUUAGUUAAUUUUGUUUUGAACAUUGAAUUUAUGGAUUAUUAGAUGUUAAAUGUAGACUAACUAGAAAUUUUCUGUUACAUUUUUCCAGCAAAGCAAGGACGAAGAAUUUUUGGUUUUGGUGCUUGCUUCAAGUCCUUGUGAAGAUGAGCAAAACAUAUUUAGUUCAAUAGAAUAUUUAAGAGACAGUUUUAUAGCAACAAACAAUGUUGGUGCCAGAGACAGAUUAAUGUUUUGCUUUAGUAUUUCCUUUUGUGACUCUAGAGAUAAUGAUAUGUUUUCAAUUUUCAGAGAUUAGUACUUUCAAAUUUUAAUGAAUCAAUGUGGUAACAGUUUGCUUAAGCUAGUAUUUGGUAUUCAUCGGGUUUUAGUAACCCGCUUUUAGGCUCGACUAA